AUCCCCUCAAACUUGGCAACGCCACCAACCCCCAACACGAUGUUUUGCAGUUGAUUGGAUAUUUUUUUACUACAAAGAAAUGCGUUGUGAAACCUAAUUUCCCCAAUAUUAUCACCUUAUGCCGCCUGGAAAAAUGUAUUUAGAACACUUACUGUCUAGAGAGAAGAAAAUAUGAGACACGCGAUUGCAUGUGUACAAUGUCGGAGGCGCAAGAAGAAGUGCUAUGUGCCCCAACGUAGCAACAGCUGCUGCAAGUAUUGCGCAGAAAAGAAAUUAUGCUGUAGCUUGACAAAUUCAAUUGAAAGACUACUCAAUUCAGGACGGAAUACAGGGCCGGCUCCAGGUUUAGAGAAUCACGACCAAUCUCUGUCUCCAAGAGAUACUUCGCCUGUGAUACAUGAUUCUGCUCUACUUCCAGAUUUGACCCUCCAACUGGAGCUAGCAAGGUUGUACUUUGACUACAUUCAUGACCAAUUUCAUACCAUAUUCCAUAAACCUAGUCUGAUGAAUGCUAUCGAGCAUGGAACGGUAGCCCCUGUUCUCAUAUAUGGCAUAAUUGCAUUAUCAGCAAGGUUCUCUGACAAUGUGAAGUUUAAAAACAUACCAUCAAAGCAUAGAGGACUACAGUACGCUCAAAAGUGCUCAGAACUUUUGAAUUUGAGAGACAUAUCACUCACAACUGUUCAAGCUGCUCUUCUCCUGGGUGCUUUUUGGACAGGAGAAGGCGAUCCAGCAUCUGAAUCCGUCUAUAUUUGCGUAGGAAUUCAUAUAUCUCAACUCCUUCGUCUUCCUAUUCGUGCUGCUUCCACUCUUCUUGAAAGAGAAGUUGAUGUUCGCGUCUGGUCCACUUUACGUAUGAUCGAUGUGUGGUCUUCAAAUGGCAUGUCUCUUCCUAGAAGAUUGGGGAAUGAGCAUAAUGAGUUACCGAUUAACGAACUGACGUUUCUCCAACUUACCCCCCAUGAUAUCAACCUGGGAGAUGUCAGCGGUGUGUUUUCUUCGUCGCUAGUUGCAGAAAUGGUCAAACUAAACAAGAUACUCGCCGCAAUAAACGAAUUGAACAAGAAUUCGGUCGAAGGCCGGACUGAGGGACAAAUGUCAGAAAAAGAAGUAGACUGGCUUGCUCAACAGCUUACCGACUGGGAGCGUGACUUACCGGACCAUUUGCGAGAUAAUGCCGAAAACCUUUCACGGUACGCUUCUCUUGGCCUUGGCCGAGUAUUUGUGGCAGUGUAUUGUGGCUACUAUCACUUUGGACAGCUCCUUUACUAUCGCUUUCUACAACCUGACAGUUACGCCAGCUGUACACCAAAUAUACGGGCUUAUUAUGCGCUCCAAUGCAAAGCACACGCGGCGGCUCUCUGCCAGAUAAUAUAUAUGUCGCAUUCGACUCCUGGUUGUGAUGUGCUUUAUAGUAUGAUUGGUCAUGUUCUUGUCAUCGCUUCUACUGUGCAAAUCCAUACAUUGUUGUUCUCGAACUCUGACCAAGAGAUCAAGCUGUCCCGUUCUCGACUGGAACGCAACUUUGAGAUCUUGCUACGUUUGUAUGAAAUCUGGCCCUGUAUCUCGGCCUGCCUGUUGCGAUUACGCGUAUUUCAUACUGCGUGUCGGAAAAGUAUGACUACCAGUUUUGUGCUCGAUCGAUGGAUGUUACGAUUUCUCCGAGAGUUCGGACAACCGGUUGAUGAGCGAAAGGGGGGUGAGAUGGAAUCAGACGCCGAUAUACCUUUGUCCCUUGAGAAAAUAGGUCUUAGUCCAGCCCCCAAAGCUUGAGUUACUGCACGUGUGAUCUUGCCGAUUUCUUCCUCCGCUAUCUAUAUCUAUUUUUCGAUUAUAGUUGAAUAAAAGCUUAAAGCCCGACUUAUUGAAAUUUACCAAGAUUCCAGGCUAC